AUCAAGGCCGACCCAAUCUGUCGCUACUGUAUUGAUAUUUAUACUGGGCUUUAGGAUGGCUUUAGGUCAUAAACAUGUCAUAAAGAUAAAGACAAAAAGAAGUUUAAUAAAGUUUUUCCCGCGCGAAAUUAAUGGAUUUAUGUUAUGAUUUUCAGCAUUUCAGAAGGAAAUAAUAAAUACAGUAAAAUAAACUUUUUAAAAGGAAACAACCAAAAUGAAUAAGGUUGAAUAUAACGCCGAAACUUUAAGUGAUUUACUGCCCGUUUAUUACAGAAGAUUGUUUCCACAUUCUCAAUUUUACCGCUGGUUAAGUUAUGGGGAUCAACUUACUUUUGCAAAAAGAGAAAUAUCUUUUACACUUCUCGGUGAAGUUUACAUUCGUUAUCAAUCCUUUGACUCUCAAAAUGAUUUCACAAAACAGUUGUACAAAAAGUAUCCCAUAAAAAUAGAUUUAGGCGCCAUAUAUCAGACAAAACCAAAAGAUAAAGGCCCUGAUUCUAAAAUUAUACCCGCCGAAAAAGAAAUAAUAUUUGAUAUUGAUAUGACGGAUUAUGAUGAGGUGAGAACUUGCUGUUCAGGUGCUGAUGUAUGUACUAAAUGUUGGAAGUUUAUGGUGAUAGCUUGCGAAAUAUUAGAUGAUGCUCUGAGGAUUGAUUUUGGUUACAAGCACAGGUUGUGGGUAUUUUCUGGAAGAAGAGGUAUUCAUUGCUGGGUAUGUGAUCAGGAUGCAAGAAAAGUAAACGAGGAAGCUCGUUCAGCUUUGGCAGAUUACUUGCAUGUUGUAAAAGGUGGAGCAAAUGUAACAAAAAAAGUUGAUUUGUCAGAAGAUAUAAUACACCACUCUAUUAGGAGAGCUUUAAAAAUAAUUAACAGAUAUCUCCCAACUAUUGUUGAAGAACAAGAUAUUUUAGGCACUGAAGAGAGGUUUAAUAAUUUUUUAAAACUUAUUGAUCAAGAUAUAAGGCCAUCAUUUGAAACUCCAAUGAAACGAGCAGAAACUUCCUCAGAAAAAUGGAAUAUAUUUGAAGAAACUUUUAAUGAAAUGCUAAGAAAUAAUAAAAUUCCAAAACAUUUGCGGAACCUUAAAGAAGAAAUAAAACUAUACUAUGCUUAUCUUAGAUUGGAUAUAAAUGUGACAAAAGGAUUGAUUCAUUUAUUAAAAGCUCCAUUCUGUGUCCACCCAAAAACUGGGAAAGUUUGUGUACCCUUUGAUGCAAAUAAGGUGGACUGUUUUAAUCCAAACACAGUACCUACUAUUCAUGGAUUAAUCGAAGAAAUUGAAAAUUAUGGACAAAAAAUAAAAGACAGCAGCUCAACAGAAAUUGAUGCUAAAUCAAAAAUUGAAGACUACAAAAAAACCAGUCUUGUGGAAGGAAUGACUGUUUUUGAGAAUUUUUUAAAAGGAUUUGAAAAAAAUGCCAAUAAAGAACAAGAAACUGAAGACUCCAAAAAAAACAUUCAUGCACAAUCAAUGAGGUUUAUUGAGAAUUUUUUAAAAUUAAUGGAAAACCCAAAUGAUCCAGAUAUCAACUUGUUUGAUUAAUACUUUGAAUAGUACUGAUUUCUAGAAUGCUUUUGUUUUUUACUAUAAUGUUGAUUACUUAUAAUGUGUUGAUUACUAUGUUUUUUUUUUACCAUAAUGCGUUUAUUUCUGUGUUAACUUUCAUUUUUAAUUUAAAUAAAAUAAAACAAAACUACGUUGUGAUUUUUUUUUUUUUUAAUUAGUUGUAAUGUGGAAUGUAGUAGCACCCAUAAAUGGGUCCUAUGAUUGAACGUUUACGUUAUCCGUAACGUACAUGUUAGGCCGAGUUUUAACAGCAAGGAGACAAAUUCGUAUGAUGUAAAGUUUUUCAUAACACGUUACUGUUAUUUUCCACCUGUUAUGUUCUAAUUUAACGUAUCGCCUCAACAGCCUCGAAUAACAUGCCGUUAAGUGCCCAACGUCUAUGUUA